GUGAAUCAGAGCUGUGCUCUGCUGAUUUUGUGAGACUGCGACCGCAACCUCGUUACGAUGACUUUCACAAACACCUCUGUGGAUUUCUUCUCGCAGUUCUUUAUCUUGCAGAAUUUCUCCAUGUAUUAUAAUUUCUCUUUGGACUCGAUGUACGACAGAGGAGCGAAUUACGAGUCUGAAUCACACAAACCGACCAUCAGAACCCUGCUCGUCGUCGCAUAUUCCGUUAUUAUCAUCAUCUCGCUAUUCGGAAACGUGGUGGUUUGUCACGUUGUUAUUAAGAAUAAACGGAUGCACUCAGUGACAAGUUUAUUCAUCAUGAAUUUAGCCAUUGCUGACAUUCUUAUAACUCUCCUCAACACGCCUUUUACUCUGGUUCGGUUUGUUUACAGUACAUGGGUGUUUGGGAAGGCGAUGUGCCAUGUGAGCCGCUUUGCACAGUAUUGUUCUGUUCAUGUCUCUGUUCUUACACUGGUUGCUAUUGCUAUUGAUAGACACCAGGUGGUGAUGCAUCCAAUGAAACAGAGGAUGUCUCGGCUUCAGGGCAUAACCUGGAUUGGUGUAAUCUGGGUCAUGGGGUCCUGCUUCUCUCUACCUCAUGCCAUCUACCAGAAACUGCUGCGCUUUCAAUUUAUCAAUAACAGAGUACGAAUGGUAUGUCUACCGAGCUUUCCUCAUCCCUCUGAUCUCUUCUGGAAGUAUCUGGAUCUUGCCACAUUCGUCCUGCUCUAUGUAUUGCCUCUAGCCAUUAUUUCCUUAUCGUACCUUGUGGUGGCUAAGAAGGUUUGGUUCCAGAACGCUGUCGGUGAUGUCACGCUGGCUCAGUCGGCCGCACAUCGCAGAAGGAAGAAGACGACUUUGAAAAUGCUAAUAGCAGUGGUGGCCGUGUUUGCAGUCUGUUGGUUUCCUCUAAACUGUUACGUUGUGCUGCUCUCAAGCAAUGUGAUCCAGGCUAACAAUGCCCUUUACUUCACCUUUCACUGGCUGGCCAUGAGCUCUACCUGCUACAACCCCUUUAUAUACUGCUGGCUCAAUCACAGCUUCCGUGCGGAACUCAGAGCCCUACCUCUAAUUGGCCGUAUAGCCAAGAGCAAUGCCAUCCAGCAAUCCUAAGGAAUCACUCAAGAUUUGGCUGUUCUGAUGAUUAUUUUAUUAUGCCAUUGUUUUUAUAAACGCAUAUUUGCAUGUGAAAGCACUGUUACGAAUCAUCCCUCUAAUCCUAGUUAUUUCUCAUUUUUGUCCCAAACACAAUUUACAUUUAGCCCUCUCCAUCUUAAGAAAAUUACACCUAAACCGGGGUCCUUUGAGAACAAAAAAUAAAUACUGAAAAUGCAUGACAAAUUAAAACAAUAAUAUAUGUGUUCUGAAAUAAGCUUGGAAUAUCAAACUUUCUUGAUAAAUAAUUAUCUGUGCCUGUCAUAACCCACGUGAAUUUCUGUGAAAUCUGUCAAAUCCGGCUGCCCAAAAUCAGCAGAUUGUCUAUGACUUCUAGAAGCAAGCUUUGACUAAUCCAGGUAGUAAAUUGGGGCUAAAAUUAUUGUGUGUUAAGUGUAUUACUGCCUUUGAAGUGCCAUUUUAAUAGCACCACAUCACAAACAAAAUUACACAAGUGAAUACAGAAGAUGUUUAUUUUCAUUUCAGGUUGUAAACUACUCAGUUAGAUUUUGGGGGGCUAAUUUAUGAUAUUUACCUGAAACAGCUAGUCUAUUAUUUAAUGAUAUUCUCAUUUUGACAGCUUCUGUUGCACCAUAAUAAUUUCAUAUCAGGUUCUUAUUUGUUCGUUUUAUUUAUGAAUGUGGUUUUUCUGAUACAUUAGCCAUAUUUAAUCUCAAUGCAUGAGUAAUUCUCAAGCAGCACUGUAUUAAAUGUCUGAAUAUUGUUACAGUCUAUCAAUAAUGUUUACAGUAUUUUUAGAUGUCAGGUGAUGUAAAUAUAGAUAUAGCGAAAUUAAUUACUGCUUCAUGCAAUUGAAUAUUUUUUGGGUUGAUUAUAGCGGCGAAAUGUAUAAUAUACAAAGUUUUAGAUGCUUAUGAUGUUGUUUUUAACAGCUACUACAGAAUGCUCUCUUCUGGACCAACCAAUCUGGGCUCUUUUUUACAUACUGCAACCAGUUUUAGUAUAGACUAUAAAUUUAUCAGGUGGCCAGGUCUCAGAUUUGAGCUGACGAUCAUUCUUGCACCACCAAGUAGAUAGGAAUUGAUCUCCCACACAUAAUAACUGUGAACUUUUGACCACUAGCCUUUAUCUGACAGUGCUACUUAUUGUUGUUGGUUUUUGCAUAUUUAUGCAAUGGACCAAGUCUUGAAACUGUGCAAAAACAGUGGGCAUUUGAACAAAACCUAUUUAUUAAAUUGUCUAUAUGCCUGGACCAGGUGUUAAUGUACUGUACUACUGUAUACUAAUACAAUGCAAAUACAGUAAUGGAGUUGGUAAUCUGAAGGUAACUGGCUUGAUUACCACCGAUAUUGUGCCCUUGAGUAAGGCCCUUAACCGAGGAGCUGCCGGUGGUCCCUGUAAUGCACGAUUUAAGUAGCUUUGGCUAAAAUUGCCUGCUAAAUUGCUACUUGCUUACUAAUAGCACAGGCAGCCAUCUGGGGCAACAUUUAGAAAAUGACUACUUGCAUUCAUACUAACUGUAGGAACAUUCCAUCUUGGGUAAAAUGGGGGAAAUGAUUUGCACAUGGUGUGACUGUAGAUUUUAGGAUGUAUUACUAAUAUCUACUACCUUUCAGUCACAAGGGUAGUUUUUCUGAUUACUACAUUUCUUUUCUUAACUGAUAUUACGGCUCUCUUUAGCAGUUUUACAGAAUCAUCCUUUUUCUCUCAUGCAUUUUUAAAAAUGCAAGUAUUGUACUUUGUGCAAGACAUCAGUUUAAGUCAGUUUCUGUUCUGAAUUUGUAAAAGAUCUUACAAGUUCUUUCCUAAAUUCCAAAAUAUCAUAUUUUAUCUUUAAUUACGUACCUCAGCAACAGCACCAAUUAUGUGUUCCAUAGCAACAUAAGCCAUGAUUUAAGUGUAUUGAUUUAUUCUGUGAGGUUUUCGUCAGUAUGAGAUUAUCAGCUAUUAACAUAUUAUGUUAAAGAAAACAAAACUGCUAUUACCUUAAUAGUUUUCAUAAUUUCAAAAUCUGUUGCAUUUUCAGAGCACAAUAUAAAAUAAUAUACAUAAGUAGUACAUGUUUUACAUACGGUAGCUUGGUACAACACGUUGUAGCACAAAUGCUUAUAUCCAAAUGGACAUUUAACCAGAUGUCAAGUCUGGCUGUAAUUUCAGGUUAUUUACUGUGAUGUUAAAACACAAGGCAAGUUUAAGAAGAUGGAGAAUGACCUCAUCCAAACCCUUAUAUAUUCAAACAUAUCAAAGUAUAAAGAAAAAGAUAUCAUGAUAAGGAAAACAUUCAAAUUUGGUUGGAUAAAUUUAAACAGCCAUUGAGUGUAAAAAGACUAUGAGUGUAUAUACUGUACAUACUAAAUGUGAUUCUUUUUUUUAUGGCAUCAUGACAGAUGCAGUGCUCUGGGAAAAGAUUGUAAUAAAACAGCGUUCACAUAAUCUCAAAAAGCUUUCAUCUAUUGGCAUCCAUCAGUCAGUCUAAAAAAACACUGAAAGCACACUUAGUCCGAAUGAGAUUUGUCAAGUUGUGCCGUUGUAUCUAGAAGAAGCCAGACAUCAUGCCAUUUGUCUGGCUCACCGAGGUAACACAGAGGUGACUUCUGCUGUAUUGCAUCAUCCUUAUAGGAUACUGUUGCCCAGUUAGUGGGUAUUUUGCUUUGAACUACUGCAAAAUAGGAUUUUACAUAUACCAUUGAAUAGAAGAACCAAAUUUGUUGUUGCACAGUUAUUUUUGAUGCGUUAAAUGCCUCUAUGUUGCUAUUUGAUCUUUUGUGACGUCUGUACGUGUGUGGGACGGUGUUUGCCCACGGCACGCUCUGAGUGAGAUAUAAACAUCUUUCUGGAUUCUCACAGCUCUACGAGAAUGAAUUUCUCAAUUUGACUUUCCAGUUGAAGUGGGAAUAAUUUGCAGCUUUAAGUGUUUUGUGAUUUCUAUAGAUGUGAAGCUGUUAUUGGUCUUAAAUGAAAUGAUAAAGGUGGCACUUAUUUAUGAGGUGACACUAAAAAUUGUCAAAUCUUGUGCCUGUUUCCUCUGUGCCUGUCAAUUCAACGUUAUACAUGUCUUUCAAAGAUGAUAAAUGCAUUUGCAAAUGUCAAGCUUUUAACUUUUUUGUUGUUUGGUCAUACAUUAUAUAU